CCUGAGCUAGGCAGCCCGAGGUUGAGCUUGCGUUUGAGGACCGGCCAGGCGGGGACAGGGCUUUUCCUAGCGCCCGGGGCGGAGACGAGGACGCCGGUUCGGGCCGCCGAGGUGGGAUGCGGCUGACGCGGACGCGGCUUUGCUCGCUCCUCGUCGCCCUGUACUGCCUCUUCUCCAUCUACGCCGCCUACCACGUCUUCUUCGGGCGCCGCCGCCGGGCGCCGGGCGCGACCGCUCGCGGCUCCAGGAAGGCGGCGGCGCCGGCGAAGGAAAGGCGCGGCCGAGGACAGUCUGCUUUGGAGAGUGAAGAGUGGAAUCCUUGGGAAGGAGAUGAAAAAGACGAGCAGCAACAGAGAAUUAAAACUAGCCUGCAAAUAUUAAACAAAUCCACAAAAGAGAAACACGAACACAGUGUACAAAUCUGGGGCAAAGCGGCCAUUGGUUUGUAUCUGUGGGAACAUAUUUUCGAAGGCACUCUUGAUCCCCCGGAUGUGACUGCGCAAUGGAGGGAAGGACAAUUGAUUGUAGGAAGAACACAGUACAGCUUCAUCACUGGCCCGGGUGUGGUUCCAGGGUACUUCUCCAUAGACGUGGACAAUGUGGUCCUUGUUUUAAAUGGAAGAGAAAAAGCAAAGAUCUCCCAUGCCACCCAGUGGUUACUUUAUGCACAGAAUUUAAUGCAAACCCAGAAACUGCGGCAUCUGGCUGUUGUCUUACUUGGAAAUGAAUACUGUGACAAUGACUGGAUAAUGCAGUUCCUCAAAAGAAAUGGAGGCUUUGUGGACCUGCUUUUCAUAACAUACGACAGCCCUUGGAUUAAUGGCGCAGAUGUUUUCCAGUGGCCUUUAGGUGUAGCAACAUAUAGAAAGUUUCCUGUGGUUGAAGCCAGCUGGUCGAUGCUGCAUGAUGAGAGGCCCUACAUAUGUAAUUUUUUAGGAACUGUCUAUGAAAAUUCAUCAAGACAAGCACUAAUGAACAUUUUGAAACAAGAUGGAAGUGAUAAACUUUGUUGGGUUUCUGCAAGAGAGCAGUGGCAGCCUCAGGAAACAAAUGAAAGUCUUAAGAAUUACCAAGAUGCUUUGCUUCAGAGUGACCUCACUUUGUGUCCUGUGGGAGUGAACACAGAGUGUUACAGAAUAUAUGAGGCCUGCUCGUUUGGCUCCAUUCCUGUGGUAGAAGAUGUGAUGACAGCUGGCCACUGUGGAGACAUGGCCAGUCACCACAGCACUCCUCUGCAGUUACUCAAGGCCAUGGGUGCCCCCUUUAUCUUCAUCAAGGACUGGAAGGAGCUUCCUGCCAUUUUAGAAAAGGAGAAGACUGUAACUCUACAAGAAAAGAUUCAAAGAAGAAAAAUGUUACUUCACUGGUACCAACACUUCAAAACAGAACUAAAAAGGAAAUUUACUAAUAUUUUAGAAAGCUCAUUUUUAUGAAUAAAGGUUAGUCA